GUCUUGUCUCUGUUGAACAUCUACAAUGUCAGAAUCAGCGGACCUGUCUUGCAAAACCUCCAACUACUAAAUUUCUGCACCAAUGCCGGAAUAUUUCGCACUUACUUUCCUGACACGUACGAGGAGCACUGCCCCAAUGCGAAGACACAUCUCUCCAGUAAAAUUCAGUCAACCCUCCCAGAUGGGCGCUCUAUCUUUGAGCUCUCAGAGCUCACGGACUCCUCUCAGUCGCAGACUUGGUCCAGCACAGAGACACCUCUCAAAUGCGCAAUGUGCCACUCGGUCUUUGAUUGUCGCUUGAACACUAUUGGAAAGUCAUCUUGGGGUCCGCAGGACUGGUUUUCUGCCAACCCCCAGCUCGAUAUGUCUGCUUUCUCCAGUAGCAGGUCAUCAUUUGCUGAUGGGUUGUCUCCUGCACCGUCAUCUCCAUUUUCCUUUCAUAACCUCAACCACGGCAUCAUCGAUUGCUCUGACCUCUUUCCUAGUUCCUUUCCAAACGACUUCACCUCCGAUGUUGGCGUUAGGGACUCACAUUCCACAUUUUCGGACCACAAGAUGUUUGCGUCGAGCCAUUUCAAGGGGUUCGCACAUCACUCCAACUAUGCUGGUGACCUCAUCUUCCGUUCACGGACACAUCAACCCCAGCAGUCAUACCACGGUCUCGUAUUCAGGUUUGGCACGCCUGGCCUUGGACUCUCUGAUCCGGCAACUCUGCUAUCAGCAGUGCAAGGCCCGUGUCUGCAUUGCGUGUGGCAGAGGUUUAUCUCCUUGGUGGAAUCUCUGGGUUCCAUUAUCACCACCUCUCGCCAGUGA